AUGUCUAUCAAUCAAUUUAAAGGCAAUGAAUUAAGUGGGAUGCGCCCUUCAAAGAUUGUUCAGCAGCAACAAAAAAAACGUUUUGAAAAUCGACUCAGCAAUGAGAAUCGACAGCUGACACCGCAACAAAAUUCGCUGUCAUCAAAGAAAGGUAUAGAUACACAGUCCUCUGGGAAACCAGUUGCUAGUAAUAAGGGUAUUGAUAAUUGUGAUGGUGAGUUUCAAAAUGCAGUCGGAGGAGAUGGUAGUUCUGAUGAUUUAAAGGACAUCCCUACAGACCUUCUCUGUCAGCUGUCAACUAAAAGGCGACUUGUUCAUGAAUUGGAAUUCCAACUCCGUGAGGCUAAGAAGGAACUACAGGAACUGGAGAAGCAGACUGCUCGAUAUGGGAAUGCCAGUCGGUCUAAUGGCGGCGUGCCACUUGGGCAGUCUCUUGGUGGCUCUUUACCUGGCCAGGAGUUUACUAAUCUGUUGCAGCGAAAGAUAAAGGAUGUGCAUAAUAGUGCAGCGUUGGCCAAGGGUAAACAAUCGAUCAGUAGUUUCUUUCAAGAUGUGCAACCAGCUCCUGUACUUGCCAAAAGUGGAACCGUGAAAAGUAAGCCAUCUCUUCUACAGUUGACACAAUCCAAAUUGCAGUCGCUCAAGGUAAGUUCUAAUGGAGAUGAAAACAACAACCGUGGUGUGACUAACUUUUUUGGAAUGUUGAAGGAUAAGUUUCAAGAGUUUAAUGUGAAUGAGGACGAAGAACACGAAUUUGAUGGCGACAGAGAUUUGGAUCGAUUCUGUUUGAAGGAGAAGAUGGAGUAUGAUUCGGAAGAAGAAGUUUCGUCAGAAGAAGUCGACCAUAAUUUUAGCGGGUUCAAAUAUGAAAAACAAGAUGCACCCCUGAUUGAAGAUCACAUAGUUGCAUCCAGUUUGGGAGCUGGAAAAGGCGACGAUGUCGUAGCUGCAUAUAGCCGGACUAAGUACUAA